CAGGGUACUUCACAUCGGCUUGUAGUAUCUAAGUAAACAGGCAGCAAGGAGUAUUUGUUUUUCCAAUCAGUGCUGGUUUGGAAUACCUAAAGUGUUAACUUGUUUGUGGAUCCGCUCGUGAUGUAAACAAUGAAACAAAACCUCCGAUGACGAGUUAAGAUCAUAUUGAUUGAUCCCGGUUUAGUGUGUACUGACAGCGUGCAGUGCGUCCCCAAGUGCAAUAACAGUGCAAUGCUAUAAUGCUGACUCAGAAGCUGUACUCUGACUCCACGACGAUGGCGGCGUCGUCCAACGCCAUGUCGCCGAUGACGCCCACAUACUCGAUGAAUUCCAUGUCUUGCGUCUCCAUGCCCUCGAUGAAUUGUUCCCCACAGGCGGCCUCCUUCGGCUCCAGCAUGCUCAACUCAGGUAUGGCGGGGAGCAUGGCGAUGAACGGCAACGGGAUGUCCUCCUCGUCGAUGGGCUACACGACCAUCGGCUCCCCUAUCUCCAAUAUGAACGCGGCCUGCAUGGCCACCCCCAUAGGCACCAUGAACACGUACGGCACCGUCGGGACGCUGGGUCGAGGCGACCUCGGCGGCGGCGACACCUCCCCCAACUCGGCCCUGCAGCGGGCUCGGGCGGACAAGACCUACCGACGCAGUUACACCCACGCGAAGCCGCCGUACUCCUACAUAUCCUUAAUUACCAUGGCCAUCCAGAACAGCCCGCAGAAGAUGCUAACGUUGUCGGAGAUCUAUCAAUUUAUAAUGGAUUUGUUUCCAUUCUACCGGCAAAACCAACAACGCUGGCAGAACUCGAUCCGACACUCGUUAUCUUUCAACGACUGUUUUGUCAAAGUCCCCAGAACUCCCGACAAGCCCGGGAAGGGUUCCUUUUGGAGUUUACACCCAGAUUCGGGGAAUAUGUUCGAAAACGGGUGUUACCUCCGACGGCAAAAGCGGUUCAAAGACGAGAAGAAGGAAAUUCUCAGGCAAACACAUAAAAGUCCCUCACAUUCGGUCGACAAUAGCAACAGUUCAGAGAAGAAAACUCCCCUACAACACGGCGACGACACUCACAAGUCGCAUCAUUUAGAUAAGAACUCCGAUGGGGCUUUAAGCUCGAUGUUGAGCAUCCAUCCAUCGAAAUUAGACGUCGAACAGAUGAAUCUUCUUCAUACGAAUGAUCUGAAUAUGCAUCAACAACAUCAUCAACAAAACAUGUCGCACGAAGAAUUGACGGCAAUGGUAAAUCGGUGUCAUCCUCUAAGUAUAUCGAGCGAACACCAGGCUAUGUUGCACCACAGCUCCAUGACUCAUCACCUCAAACAGGAACCGUCGGGCUUUACCUCCUCGAAUCACCCCUUUUCCAUAAAUAGGCUUCUACCUGCCGAAAGUAAACCCGAUAUUAAGAUGUACACGGAGAUGCAUCAGUACGCCGGAUAUAACACUCUGAGUCCGUUACCCAAUUCGAUGCAUACCCAUUCUACGAUAGGCAACGAUUAUUACAAUAGUCCUUUAUAUCACACCUCGACGGGCACGACCAGCUUGUGACAGUAUCCCCUGGCGUAAGAAAAAUUCUCGAAUAACGCAAGAUGCUGUAAAUAUUAUCUGAUGUAAAUUUUUACUUUAUGUGCAGUGUAAAUACCAUAGAUUUUUUUAGUGUUCUGACGCAAAUUUGAGGCACUCAAUUUUAAAAUAUUGUUUGCUUAGAUGUUCUUAAUGUGGCGCGAGUGGUUUGAAUAAAAUCUUGUUAAUUUCGGUGAAAUCUCAGGCUUACGUUCGAUCUGCAAAAUUUUUUAACGAAAUAUUUAUUGAUGAUGCAUUGGCUUUAUUUCUUACUCUUUUAUUGUUUUUACUUUUUUAUUUCUACUGUUUUGUAAAAUUUGUUGAAACUUAUGUACAAAAUUAUUGUAAUAAAUGUAUUAUAAAUUUUAAAAAUUUGUGAUGUUUUAAAUAUGAUUUUAUGCAGUAUUUGCAGUUUGUAUUAUAUCUAUCAUUCGAGUACUUAGGAAUAUUUUUAAAAG